UGGAUGAAUAACAUGCACCAUGGCCCUGCUCUCUGUUUCCAGCUGAGUAGGGAGAUGCCAUGAGCCUUCCUGAGCUGGACAAGGAAGCCCAUCUGAUAUUUCUUCUCUGAUUUUCCUCUGAGAACAGUAUGGGAGAGGGGAGGGACUUCUCACAAAUUAUUGUCACUGCUGCAGCUGCUGCUGCUGUUACCAACCUCUCCCUUGGGGUUGAGCCAAUGGGACAUCUGGGACAUUUUCCAUGAACCUUGGCAGAGGUGAGAUGGGAGGGGUGAGGAGUCUUAGGAGAGAGGAGGCAGGAGGAGCUGGAGCCAGCAGUGAAGGCCUCCGAAGUGCAGUGGGAGGAGGCGACACUCCAUUUCAUGAUGGCCUCCCUUGAUGCAGUAAACGCAGAAUUUUGCUUCAAUCUAUUCCGAGAGAUGGAUAACAACCAAGGAAGUGGAAAUGUCUUCUUUUCCUCUCUGAGCAUCUUCACUGCCCUGGCCGUGGUCCGCUUGGGUGCACGAGGUGACGGUGCUGCUCAGAUGGAUAAGGUACUUCACACCAAUACCAUGUCAGGACAUGGAAACUCUCCUAAUACUCAGCCAGGACUCCAAUUUCAACUGAAAAGAAUUCUCUCUGAUAUAAACACAUUUCACAAGGAAUAUGAACUCAGCAUUGCCAGUGGUCUUUUUGCAGAAAAAAUGUUUGACUUUCAUGAGGAAUAUAUUAGGUGUGCUGAAAAAUUAUACAAUGCCAAAGUGGAACGAGUUGACUUUACAAAUGCUGUAGAAGAUGCCAGAUAUAAAAUUAAUAGCUGGAUUAGAAAUGAGACACAUGGCAAGAUCAAGAACAUCAUUAGUGAAGGUAGCAUCAGUUCAUCGGCGGUCAUGGUGCUGGUGAAUGCUGUGUACUUCAAAGGCAAGUGGGAGUCGGCCUUUAUCAAGAGUGACACCAUGCGCUGCCAUUUCAAAUCUCCCCAGUGUCCUGGGAAAGCAGUUGCCAUGAUGUAUCAAGAACGGAUGUUCAAUCUGUCUGUCAUUCAGGACCCACCUAUGCAAGUUCUUGAACUCAGAUAUCAGGGUGGCAUAAGCAUGUACAUCAUGCUGCCUCAGAGUGAAAGCCUCUCUGAAAUUGAAAACCAACUGACCUUCAAAAAUCUAAUGAAAUGGACCAGCCCAAGAAAAAUGAGCCGUCAGUACGUCAAGGUGUUUAUUCCUCAGUUCAAGAUAGAGAAGAAAUAUGAAAUUAAACGUUAUUUACAAGCCCUUGGGCUGAGAGAUAUCUUCGAUGAAACCAGAGCUGAUUUCUCUGGCAUAGCUUCAGGAGGUCGUUUAUCUUUGUCAAAACUGAUGCACGACUCGUACAUAGAAGUUAAUGAGGACGGCACAGAGGCGGCUGCUGUCUCAGAAAACACCAUUGUAGAAAAGCUACUCCCCGAGUCUACCGUGUUCAGGGCUGAUCACCCAUUCUUAUUUGUCAUCAGGAAGAAUGACAUCGUCUUGUUUAGUGGCAAAGUCUCUUGCCCUUGACAAUCCAAUUGGUUUCUAUUAUGAUAGUCCCAUCGAUAUCAAGGAACCACCACAUGCGAAUAGAUAAAAUUUAAUAGGAAGCAUAUGGAGCUCCCUUUAGUUUGCUUUCUCUCACAUUGGUCAGCAGAUGACUUUGGUGACUUGACCCAUCUUGCUCUUAGCAUUUCUACCUCCGUCUUCCCCACCCAUUUAUAAUUUCAUUGUCUUUCUACCCACACUCAUUUCUACCAGUCUACUCCAUAGCCACUUGCAAACAGUUCUGGGCAUGGCAUCUGGGAAUUGUGGACAUGUACUCCACUGGAAAUGACAAUGUAGAAGCCACCCUAGAGAUCUUUUCUGAAACUCUAGUGUCCCCGAUAGUCUAGUUUUAUUGUACAUGGUCUAGAAAAUAAGCCCACCCUAAGAAGACAUUAGAAUUGACUUGAACAUUGAUGUGAAAUCAGUCUCUAAUCUAAAAGCAAAAAAACAAACAAAACAAUAUGGAUUUGGGAUUGGGGGCCAACCAAAUUAUUUCACAGAUAACUUCAAGAGAAUGAAUGUCUUUUGGCUUUUCCUUGAUAGACACUUAAUAUGUACAUAGUUUUUUCAAAUAUUAAAUACCUUUUAACUGUUGCCAGUUGUUAUAUACAGUGUAUUAUUUCAUAUGCUGUAUAGUUUACAUGUGUUUUCUCUAUUUAUCAGAAUAAAGAAAAACAACAUAA